AUGAGUCAGCAACCGCUUGAAGUGUCGGAGCAUGUCUCUGGCCAGGCCAACAAGCCCAUGUCCGCUCCCGCACAUGCUCUCACUUUUCAGCAAGUGGCGGAGGAGCUCGGCGCCAAUCUCGAAGACGGACUGACUAACGGAGAGGCCAAAAACCGCCUAGAGGAAUAUGGUCGCAAUGAGUUUGGCGCCGAGAAGGGUGUUCAACCACUCAAGAUCUUCAUCGGUCAGAUAGCCAAUGCCUUGACUCUAGUGCUCAUUCUCGCCAUGGCAGCGUCUUUUGGCAUCCAGUCGUGGAUCGAAGGCGGUGUUGUUGCGGCGGUCAUUAUCCUGAACAUUGUCGUGGGCUUCUUCCAGGAGUUCCAAGCUGCCAAGACCAUGGAUUCUCUGCGCUCGCUCAGCUCUCCUACUGCUCACGCUGUCCGAGGUGGCAACAACGAAACCGUUGUGACUGCCGAGAUCGUUCCCGGAGACAUGGUCGAACUCAAGACCGGCGACACUAUCCCCGCCGAUAUCCGCCUCGUUGAGGCAGUUAACUUCGAGACCAACGAGGCGCUUCUAACUGGCGAGUCUCUCCCUGUGCGCAAAGACGUCGCUGCGAUCUUCGCCGAAGAUACAGGCCCAGGCGAUCGACUCAACGUUGCCUAUAGCUCCUCCACGGUUACCAAGGGUCGCGCCCGUGGCAUUGUCUUUGCAACAGGCAUGUACACCGAGAUCGGUCAGAUUGCUGCUGCGCUCCGCGGUAAAUCUUCACGCCGUCGGGAGCCGAAGCGCAGAGCCGACGGCACGGCACACAUUGGUCGAUGGAUGGAGGCCUGGACCUUGACAUUUUCCGAUGCGGUUGGUCGCUUUCUGGGCGUCAAUGUUGGAACUCCACUGCAACGCAAGCUCUCGAAAUUGGCGAUUCUACUCCUAGGCACUGCCAUCAUCUGUGCUAUCAUUGUCCUCGGGGCCAAUGAAUUCAGCGCUAAACGAGAGGUGAUUAUCUAUGCUGUUGCCACCGGCCUCUCUAUGAUCCCAGCAUCCCUGAUUGUCGUCCUCACCAUCACCAUGGCUGCCGGCACUAAGCGGAUGGUUCAGAGACAUGUCAUUGUUCGUAACCUAAAGAGCUUGGAGGCUCUUGGUGGUGUAACCAAUAUUUGCUCUGACAAGACUGGCACUUUAACCCAGGGCAACAUGAUCGUGAAAAAAGCAUGGAUUCCUGGUCGAGGCACAUACUCUGUGGGUUCCACUAGUGAACCAUUCAACCCCACGGUUGGAGAUCUCGGCUUUAAAGAAGCUCAGCCCAAGGACAUCAACUUUCAAGAAAAUGACGCGGAGGGCACCUUGGUAAACGCCGAAGACCUCGUGGCUCGAGACAAGACCCUCCAAGAAUACUUGAACGUCGCAUCGCUGGCCAACCUGGCCACUGUCCACAUGGUCAAUAACGAAUGGCAUGCACGCGGAGACCCAACGGAGAUUGCUAUGCAGGUAUUUGCUUCACGCUUCGACUGGAAUCGUCUUCGCCUCUCCACAGGCGAGAAGGCGAGAUGGCACGAAGUAGCCGAGUUUCCCUUUGACUCGGACGUGAAGAAAAUGUCCGUUAUCUUCGAGGACAAGCAGACUCAAAAGCAAUGGGUGUUCACUAAGGGGGCCGUCGAGCGGGUCCUCACGUCAUGUCCCCGUUACAGCCUCGGUGACGAGGUCAACGAGUUCACUGAUGAUAUCAAGGAUGAGGUCCUCCGUAACAUGGAAGCCUUGGCCCGCCUUGGAUUGCGAGUGCUUGCCCUGGCCAGCCGGACCGAUAUCCGCCACGUCAAGGACAACGAAGCUGAGCUAGACCGAGGGCAAUUUGAGCAUAAUCUCAUCUUUCGUGGAUUGAUUGGUCUCUAUGAUCCUCCUCGACCCGAAUCUGCGUCGUCCGUCAGGAUGUGUCACGAGGCUGGCGUCAGCGUCCACAUGUUGACUGGUGACCAUCCGGAAACCGCGCGGGCUAUCGCUCUCGAGGUUGGUAUCCUGCCUAGCAAGAUGUCCCAGAUUCCAAGCGAUGUUGCCAAGACAAUGGUUAUGGCAGCAUCGGAGUUUGACAAGCUGACGGACGAGCAAAUCGAUGAGCUCCCUCUGCUCCCCUUGGUUGUUGCACGAUGCGCCCCUCAAACCAAAGUACGCAUGAUUGACGCCCUCCACCGACGCAAGCGCUUUGUCGCCAUGACCGGCGAUGGCGUCAACGAUUCGCCAAGUUUGAAGCGGUCGGAUGUUGGGAUUGCCAUGGGCAUGGCGGGGUCAGACGUCGCUAAAGAGGCUUCUGAUAUCGUUCUUACUGAUGAUAACUUCGCAUCGAUCCUCAACGCUGUUGAGGAAGGCCGUCGCAUGUUCGACAAUAUUCAGAAAUUCAUUCUACACGUUUUGGCCGAGAAUAUCGCCCAGGCUUGUACGCUGCUUAUCGGCCUUGCUUUCAAGGACAGGAACAACAUAUCUGUGUUCCCUCUAGCCCCCGUGGAGAUCCUAUGGAUCAUCAUGAUCACUUCCGGUAUGCCAGAUAUGGGUUUGGGGUUUGAGAUCGCGGCGCCCGACAUCAUGCAGCGCCCGCCUCAAAAUUUGAAGCAAGGAGUUUUCACGCCGGAGCUGCUGAUUGACAUGGUGGUAUAUGGCCUCUGGAUGUCGGCAUUGUGCCUGUCGUCAUUCGUACUCGUUCUAUAUGGAUUCGGCCAAGGUUCUGCCGACAUUGGCGAGAAUUGCAACAACGAUUACAGCGAGGGCUGCAGGGUGGUUUUUCGUGCUCGUGCGACAACCUUUGCUUGCCUGACAUGGUUCGCACUCUUUCUUGCUUGGGAAAUGGUUAACAUGCGCCGAUCCUUCUUCCGCAUGCAACCCAAGAGCAAGCGCUACUUCACCCAGUGGAUGUUUGAUGUUUGGCGUAACCAGUUCUUGUUUUGGUCUAUCGUGGCUGGUUUCGUCACAAUGUUUCCCUUGAUCUAUAUCCCGAAGCUCAACACGGUCGUGUUCAAGCACGCCCCAAUCUCGUGGGAGUGGGGUAUUGUCUUCGUCGAAGCGCUCCUCUUCUUCCUAGGCAUCGAGUCGUGGAAAUGGGCGAAGCGCAUUUACUUCCGGCGCCAGGCUCGCAAAACGACAGGCCAUGUUCAAGAUCUGGAGACUCGGGCAUUUGGACAAUACUAUAGCAUGUCGACCAGAAGCCAAGAUGAAGAGAGCGGACCAGCUCGGGAAAAGGUCACUCGAUAA